CGUUCCUCCUGCCGCGGCAGAUGUCCCUGGAUCCGCGCCGCAGCCGCAGCCUGCAUGCCCGCCCUGGGUGGAGCGGUCGUCUUUGUCGAGCCGGGACCCGCUCUCCUUUCUUGUUCAAGCUGCAGAGGAGCUUAGCGAGGAAAUAAAAACAAGCUCGAGUUAAUGUUUGAGAAGUUCGGGUGGAGGAGAGUCCGGAUUUUUGGCUUCUUGGAGAAACAGUAGAAAAUGCAAAACGAAAUAAUAAAGCCUGCUAAAUACUUCUCAGAAGUGGAGAAGAGUGUGCUGCUUGCAUUAGUUGAAAAAUACAAAUACGUGCUUGAAUGUAAAAAAAGUGAUGCAAGAACUAUUGCUCUGAAACAACGUACCUGGCAAGCACUAGCUCAUGAAUAUAAUUCACAGCCCAGCGUAUCACUGCGAGACUUCAAACAGUUAAAGAAAUGCUGGGAAAAUAUCAAGGCACGGACAAAAAAGAUAAUGGCACAUGAAAGGCGGGAGAAGGUAAAAAGAAGCAUUAGUCCACUUAUAAAUACUCACAUCAUAGGGACCAGCAUAAUGCCUGAGCAAAUGUACUUUUUGCAGAGCCCACCAGAAGAAGAUUCUGAAUAUCAGCCUGAUGCUUCUAGUCAAGAGUCAUUUGUUGUCUCAAAUAGAGAACUCUGUGAUGAAGAGAAAGAGCUGGUACAUUUCCCGGUAUGUGAAGGUACCUCCCAAUCUGAGCCUUCGUGUUCUGAUGUCAGAAUAGCAGCAGAAAAGAACUACAGAAGUAAAGCAUCUCAGGAAAGUGCUCUGAAAAAGAUGCAUGAGGAAGAACAUCAUCAGCAAAUGUCAAUUUUGCAACUGCAGUUAAUCCAAAUGAAUGAAGUUCAUGUGGCAAAAAUACAGCAAAUAGAAAGAGAGUGUGAGAUGGCCGAAGAGGAGCACAGGAUAAAAAUGGAAGUGCUAAAUAAAAAGAAAAUGUAUUGGGAAAGAAAACUGCAGACCAUCACAAAAGAGUGGCCUGUAUCAUCCUUUAACAGACCCUUUCCUAAUUCACCAUAGAACAUAAAGGGGCA